AUGUCCCAAAAACCGGCCGAUCCCGUCGAGGAGCCAGUGGAGGAUGAGGACUCAGACGAGUAUGAUGACGUAGAGGAUGUUGAGGAGGAAGAUGGUGUUGAGUACGAAGACGACGAAGACGAGGACGAUGACGAUGGAGCUCGUCCUAGUGGCAGGCAAGGUUCUUUGACAGCGCUCCUACUUGGAGAGGGAGAUGCUGCUGACGAUGGGGAAGAAGAGGAGGAAGAAGAUGAAGAGUACACCGAAGAGCCCGCGAAGAAUGGCAUCUCCCCCUCCGCUACCGUCUCAGGCACAAAGCGAGGAAGGGAGGAAGAUGAUGUGGGGGACGACGGUCUUGAAGGGGAUUAUGGUGAGUUCGAGGAUAACAGUAAGGUAGGGACGAAAAGGGCGAAGACAUCGGGGGAGGAAGCUUGA